GAUGGCGACGGCUCUGAACAAGAUCGAGAGGGCGCAUCAGAUGUAUCGAGAAGGGCAGCACGAGGAGGCGCUAGGGCUCUACACUGAGGCCCUGGCUCUGGCCAAGACCAAGGCCCAGAAGAUCGCGCUCCACAGCAACCGGGCCGCCUGCUAUCUGAAAUUGCACGACUUCAAGAAGGCAGCAGAAGAAUGUACGUCAGUCCUCGAGCUAGAUCACCAGCACACGGGGGCAUUGAUGUUACGUGCACAAACAUUGGUUACUCUUAAGGACUACCAAUCAGCACUGUUUGAUGUCAACCGUCUGAUGGAGCUAAAUCCAUCAUCAGAUGUGUACCAGAACCUGCAAUCUCGACUAAGAACACAAUUGUCACUAGCCCCGAUACCUGAAUCUGAGGAAGAGGCACUGUACCUCGAAGAAGAUGAAGAAUCCCCUCCGAAACGGGAUGCAAAAAUUGAGCCCCAAAGCAGUAAUCCUGAAGUAACUGUAACCCAAACUCCGAACCUUGCGGUUUCGGCUAAUCUGCCUUCCAAACCCAAGGGUUGGGAAGCAAUCCCAAAACCAAAAGGGCAUUCAGGUCUGGACUACUCUCGAUGGGACAGGGUGGAAGAUGAUUCAAGUGAAGAGGAAGAUGAUGCAGAAGAGCAGCAACCACAGUAUCGAUUUCGUGUUAGAACUGUUGGCAUGCGGACUGUGAAGUGAAUAAGCUCUUGGGUAAAGUUUAAAGGUAAAUAUAUGGAUAUUUGACAAAAGGAUUGCCUGAACGUAAUCAUCCAUGGCCCAUCUAUCUGGUUUGACUACUCAUACAAGGAGUCAUCCAUAUGUCCAGAAGUGACUGAUAGAGGCUGAUGAAGAUUUUUGCCAGCUCUAGUCAGUUACAGUUUACAUGUCCAUGGUUAACUGGCAGCUUGAUGGAUUGGUCCAGGAUGAGCUAUACAUACCGAAUGCAUAUCACUGCCUUAUCAUUGUAGAAAUAUGGGACCCUUUAAUUCAAUAAGGAGCAUUCUGCUUGAAAAACAUAUUUCUAUCAACAAUAAACCAUAAUUCUGCAAGCUGUUCUAGUGCAUUAAUAGCAUGGGAGAGAGCACAUUUGUUUCUGGGGAUAAAGGAAUCUUGUUCACAGGUGUAAUAUUUUAAUUAUUUUAGAGAUGUCGAGAUUGAUGUAAUUUGAAGAGUAGAUUUAUGUGUUUAGCCUUCUAUUACCCGUCCCUUAACUGACACUAGAGAGUGCUACUUUUUCUGUAAUUAAUUCAAAUAUGAAGUUCUGAUAAUGCUUUCAGCCA